GUUUAUUCCACUUCAAACCGAAAUCAUCAGGUUUGUUUAGCCGUAGCACGACUAGAUGAAAUUCGCUGGACAUUUCUGACUGCAAUCGUCAUUUCAACACGAAAUGUCGACUCCUCGCACGAAACGAAAUUGGUGGAGCCGACUCCAAGGCCAAUUUGAUGUUUCGGAUCGAAGAAUCUGCUGUGGACAUUUCUGACUGCAAUCGUCAUUUCAAAACGAAACGUCGACUUCUCGCCAGCCAAGAGACAAGCUGGCAACAGAUUGGAAUGCAAGAGGAUUUGAAAUCUGCUUUGUUUAUGAAAAAGGGAGCUAUAAGUAAAAGUAAUAUAUAUAUGAAUCUCAUGGAGAGUUUGAUCCUGGAUCCUACUGAUUCUGGACCGGUGGAGCCGAGUUCAAGGCCACCUUGAUUUCUCGGAACAUUUUGCUGUGCCACUAAAUUUCACGAGCCGUUCUCGUGGCUAAUCGAGAAUUUGUCACAAGUUCUCUCACUGAUAUGUGAGAUGAAUCCCAUGUAGUCGGCUGAUCAAACGGUUGAUAUCUAAGAAACGUAACAAUCUUUUCAUCCACUGUUGUCUACGUUAACUCUCUCCUUCCAUCCUUCUUUGUUUUCAUUGGGUCUCCCCGUGGAGGGAGGAUGGGCUGCGCCGGCCAAGGAGGUAGUGCAAUACCAAGGCGACACUGGCGAACCCGAAGCAGCAAGCUACUCCGUUGGGCUCGCACCCGUGAAAGAAAUAAGAUUAAUAUCGUGAGGGUCGAUGACCCUCGUAUCAGAUAUUAAACUGAUAAGAACAGAUACUACACUUGAUCUUAGCCAAAAGGCCGAGAAAGGU